AUGCGCAGAGAGCCAGGAGUGUCACGUGAGGCGCCCAAGAUGGCGGCGCUAAGGGCGGUGUCCCUGCGCCUCCCCGACGCCCCCGUGGUGGCCGUGGACCUCAGCGGCUCCUCCCUCACCUAUGAAGGCUUUGAUAACCUGGUGCUGCUGAGGCAGCUGCAGCACCUGGACCUGAGCAGGUGCCCCCACCUGGAUGACUGGGCACUGGGACGGCUGCACGUCUUUGGGGACACCCUGCGGGACCUGUCGGUGGCCCAUUGUCCCCAAGUCACUGAGAGGGGCCUGGCUACCCUCCACCACCUCCGGGAGCUGCGGCGCUUGGACGUGGCUGGGAUCCAGGUGCCGAGCCCGGGGCUGGUCCAGAUCCUGCUGGAGGAAAUGCUGCCAAAGUGCCACAUCCUGGGCUUGGACCCCGAGGACAGUGUGGAGAUGGGGACAGUGCCACCACUGGAGUCCCCUGCUUGA